CUUUGUUUGUAAGGGAGUCAGGCAUAAACGAGCAUUUGUCAUCCAGACUUUUCUAGCGCGGUUCCAGCAUCCUGUGCCUGGGGCAUGACACAUCAGAGUCUGGUGUUCAUCUUUUUUUACCUGCCAGUCCCCUCUGGAAAGAACCUCCAUGGAAUUCAUCCUCUACAGUGUUUGUUUCAGGUGUACAUAUAAAUACACGUGCAAUGCAUUGGUUGGGGAUAUUGUGGUUUCCAAGGGCAACUUACAUAAAAAAGUGCGAGAUGAAUAAUGAAGGGGACCUUCUGCAGGAGGAUUCAAGAGAUGAAGAUAAUGAGACAGAAGGCAGUAGGAUGAGAAAAUUAAGAAGGACAAGAAAGAAAGUCACUAAAUCACAUAUUUCUUCAACUGCAAUAGAAGAAAUGGAUAUGCCCAACUCAAAAGAAAGGUUCAAAGGACAAAUGGUGUGUCACAAAUUAGAGGAUAUGAGCAAACCAGUUGUCGGACCUGGCUCUGAUGAUGAGGACUCCCAGGAUCAUACAGCAGAGAUGAAAUCCUCACCCCUCAAAACAUCAGCCAGUGCUCCCGAUAGUGAAUUCAACCCUGACUCCAGCUGUACUGAUGACACUGGGGACAGCACACAAAUUCCAAAGGUACCUCAAGUCUCCUCUAGAAUGAAGCACAUUAAACAAGAGAUGGCCAAAAAUCACCUUCAGUUUGUGCGAUUUGAAGCAACAGAUCUUCAUGGGGUGUCCAGGUCUAAGAGUAUCCCUGCACACUUCUUCCAGGAAAAAGUGGCCCAAGGUGUUCUCAUGCCCCGAGGUUACCUGGAAUCGAUACCCAAUCCCAAGGGCGGCAGCGACGUGGAUCACCUCAGGGCCACGUGCUUCCACAGUGACAUCGUCCUGCGGCCGGAGCUGUCCACCUUCCGGGCGCUGCCGUGGGCGGCGCGGACGGCGCGGGUGAUCUGCGAGCCGGUCACGGUGACGGGGGAGCCGGUGCGGACGUCCCCGCGGCACCUGGCCCGGCGGCAGCUGCGCCGGCUGCGGGGCGCGGGCUUCUCGCUGCUCUCCGCUUUCCUCUACGACUUCUGCCUGUUCGGUUUGCCCGAGGCCAUGCACCCCAAGACCGUGUCCUUCCCGGCUCCCCUCCUGCUAGGCGAUCACCACCAGCCCUUCCUCCAGGAGCUGGUGGUCGGCCUGGAUGGCGCGGGGGCCACGGUGGAGAGCUUCUCCUCCUCCACCAGGCCCGGCCAGGUGGAGCUCUGCCUGCGGCCCGCCUUUGGCAUCGGCGCCGCGGACAACGCGUUUACCCUCAGAGCGGGCGUCCAGGAGGUGGCCCGCAAGCACAACUACAUCACCAGCUUCUUCGUCGAGACUGGGCUCUGCAACUCGGGAAUAUUGUCUCACAGCCUGUGGGACGUGGGAGGGAAGAACAAUCUGUUCUGCACUGGCACCGGCACCUGCACCAGCACCUGCACCAGCACCCGCACCGAGCCCACCCAGCUGCUCAGCACCACCGGCAGGCGCUGGCUGGCCGGGCUCCUGCAGCACUCCGCCGCGCUCAGCUGCCUGCUGGCUCCCGCUGGCAGCUGCCGCAAACGCUACUCCAAGGAGCGCCAGGAUCCGAAGGACAGGGUGCCCGCCACGUGGGGCUACAACGACAACAGCUGCGCCUUCAAUGUCAAGUGUCACGGGGAGAGAGGCGCCCGGGUGGAGAACAACCUGGGCUCCGCCACGGCCAACCCUUACCUGGUGCUGGCCGCCACGGUGGCCGCGGGCCUGGACGGGCUUCAGGGCAGCGGUGAUGCCCUGCCCGGCCCCGAGGGGGACAGCCCCGGGCUUGGUCCGGCCCCGCCGCCUCCCAGGAUUCCUUUGAAGCUGGAAGAUGCGCUGGCCGCGCUGGAGGAAGAUGCGUGUCUGCCGACAGGCCCUCGGAGACACGUUCAUUCGGUAUUUUGUGGCCAUGAAGAAACAUGAGCUGGAAAACGAAGAAACGGAUGCCGAGAGAAACACGUUCUUGGAGUAUUUUAUUUAGAAUGGGUCCCC